GGUUUUUAAAUCCACAAUCUUAUUGUUGUUUUGUGGUAAUGCUAUAUAAAAUUUUCUUGCUUUAUCCGAAUAUGCAUCAUUCGUGAUUACGCUGGCGAGAUACCAGGGAUCAUGAAGGCUUUCAUUAUUAUUGCUAUCUUUUGCGCUGUCGCAUCUGCGGCCCAAGACUAUUGUUAUAAGGACGUAGUUGAAGCUUGCAGGACGACCAACAAAAAAUAUACAUCCACCCUCAACUGUACUGCCAAAUAUGGCGCCAUCGAUGUAGUCCAACCGGCACUUCAGAAGUUCACCAACCAUCACUUCAUUCGCUCCUUUGAAUAUUUGUUGCUCUCCACCAACUUUGCUAAUUACGAGAAAAACCGUCCAGGAUUUGAAAAACUCUUCCGCUCUCUUUCCGACGACAAAUGGGAGGAGGGCAUUGAACUCAUCAAGUACCUCACGAAACGAGGAGGUCAAAUGAACUUCGCAACCGUCUCCGAAGAAUUAUUAGAGGAGAACGAGCUGGAGCGUAGUUUCGAGCUGAACGAGUUUGCUGCUGUCGCCAGGGCUCUGGACUUUGAGAAGAGAAUUGCUCUUGAGGCUAACUCGAUCCACGGUGAGGCCACCCGGAUGAAUAAGAACUUUCACGAUCCCGAGAUUUCGGAUCACCUGGAACACGAGUUUGUUCACAAGCAGAGAGACGUUAUCAGGAAGUUGGCUGGAUAUGCUACUGAUCUGAACGACCUGUUGGACGGUCCGGACAGUUCGUUGUCCUUGUUUUUGUUCGAUGAAUAUCUCCAGAAGUAAUGAGCCACAAACUAUUUGACACAUACCUUAGAGGAUGUUUGUGAAUAAAUUAAUAAAGGCUUCCAAAUCUUG